CGCGUAGGGCGCCACGUCGGCAGCAGGAGCAGCAGAGCCGCGGCGCAGGAGAGUAAAGUCUGCGCCGGGCAGGGAGCGGGCUGCAGGCGCCUUCCCCUUCCCCGCGGCGGUCCUCGUUGGUGAUGACGAUGUCCUGUCGCAGUUGGCUGUUAGUUCCGGGGAUGGUGGAGUUUACGGCAACCUUCCCCAUGGACGGCGGGAUUUGGCCAGGCGAUCUUGGAUGGCGUUGUGUCACAGCUGCUAGGCUCUGGAAUGGGGCUUGCAGCUGCACAGGACAUGGGGUAGCGUCUCGUUGGCAUAGCUGCACAUCCUGCAUUGCUUGUCCGAUUCCUGUGGCGGACGGCUUCGUUCAGCGGGACGUAGCUGAGCUGGGCCCUGUGGAUGAACCUCCAGUCGGCAAAUCAGGUGAAGCUGCCCCCUGGGAGGAAGUGGUUGUUGGUGUCCCACUUGCACAUCAUCUCGAACACCUUGCCCUGGUCUGGCUUCCGUUUCAGGUUUUCCACAUAUUGGCAGCAGAUGGCAUCUUUCAGGGUCCUCUCCAGCAUGGUUCUCGCUCUUGGAGUGAUGAUAGUAUGAUCUAUGUUCUUCACCUGUGGCACCAGAACUCCCAGCUCCUGGCGUUCCUCGCACUACGUCCAAUGGCAGCCAAUACGCUUCUCCAGUCGUGGGCACAAGUCCAGAGCGAAGCAAAGUCUCCCCCCUCUCUUCCAAAUUUGCCUUCCAGUGAGCCGCUCAGGUUUAUCUAGAAUAUCAUUGUGGAAACUGCUGAAUGAAGUAAUAUAUUUGGCAAUAAUGAAUCAAACAGACAAAAAUCAACAGGAAGUUCCUUCAUACCUUAACGACGAACCACCAGAAGGUUCAUUGAAAGAUCAUCCACAGCAGCAGCCUGGCAUGCUUUCUCGUGUGACUGGUGGAAUCUUCAGCGUAACAAAGGGAGCUGUCGGUGCCACAAUCGGUGGUGUAGCCUGGAUUGGAGGAAAAAGUUUGGAAGUGACCAAAACAGCUGUUACAGCAGUGCCUUCCAUGGGAGUGAGUCUGGUUAAAGGAAGCGUUUCUGCUAUGGCUGGGGGCAUUACAGCUGUAGGAUCUGCUGUCACAAGUAAAGUGCCUUUAACAGGGAAGAAAAAGGAUAAGUCUGACUAAAGGACUGAGAUCUAGUUGAUUUCCAUAAUACUGUGUCAUUGGCAUUGGAAUCUGCUAAGAUUUGGACUACAACAAAGCCACAUGUCUUAAACACUUAUCUUCUAAAGAGCUGUGGGAAAACUUUUGCUUUCCUCUGAAGGGACAGAAGAAGCUGACAGCACAAUGUAUGAAGGUUCAUUUAAAACCUAGAUUCAAGCUUUAUAUCUGGUGAAAUGUUACUUGAUUGUAGAACCAAUCAAGUACAUGUAUAUGUAGUACAUGUAUAUGAAGGGAUAAUACAUGUUUGAAUAUUCAUUUACUGUAAAUCUUUUGCAGUAUGGGACUAAGAUGUGAAAGCAAAACAUUUAGUUAGCAAUCUUUGCAGUACUAGAUGUAUGAUGUGCUAGCUACCAUUCUUAGUGGUUUCUGCAUCCUCUUGAUAAGGAAUCCUUGAACUAUGUAAAGGCAUCUUCUGAUGUGCCUGAUAAUUUCAUAUAUUUUUGCUUUUUGAAACUGUAUUUUUAUACAGAUUUUAAACUCUGUCGGUGCAUUCUGUUAGUGAUGGCUGGCAAGAGACAGAACUGGAGAUGUUCAGAAGUGGGGAUGGGGUGGGGAAAGUAUGCUUAAAAUGGAUUGUGAUAGAAGGCAUCUUAAAAGUUUUAUGUUUGCAGUAUACUGAUUUUUAAUGAUUCAUGCCUAAUGGUAGAAAAACUAUUUUUCAUUUAGUGAAGCUGUGUAAAGAUUUUUUUUCUAAUGGCCAUCAUUUCAACACAGUUCACAGAACAAGCUUCACACACUUUUUUGAUGUGUUGAUAUCUGAAACUUAGCCAUCUUUUACUAAAGACAAUACUGCUAAAUCUCAGGUGUAUUUUAAACGUAUGACUCUGUCACCUGCAAAUGAAAGCUUACUACUUGUGACUCUCUAGCUUAAAAAAAAUAAAUAAAUAAAAGAAAAUGGCUUAGUUUCAAUUAAGCUGAGGUUCAUGAUCCCAUAUGGUAAUGGAUGGCAACGUCGUCAUCUUGAGAGAAAUUUCUUUGCUGUGAAGUUGGAAACCACUGAAGAGUGAUCUAAUUAAAGAAAAGCUGCUGUCUAACUGCAUGCCAUACCAGUUUAGUUUGUUGCUUUAACCAUUCACCAUCUCCUAUAACCAAGAUAUAAAGAUUUUUUUUCACUACAUUCAUAUCUCAAGUACACUUUUAUUUAAAACACAGCACUGUACUAGUUAAACAAAUAAACAAGACUGACAAUGUUUAAAGCACGAGAAAUGUCAUCUGAAUGAAUUGCAUAGGGAUGGAUUUCCAACCUUGACACUCCUUUGAAUGGCUGCAUUCUCAUACAUCUUCAAGGAUGUGCAUGGGCAGGAUCUAAAUGCAUGACACAGGCUCAGUUAUUCAAGAUCUGCUGACUCUGCAGCUAAGAAUAACCUUUUGGCAGCCUGUAAAACAUGGCAAAAAUUUUAUGUGAAUAUUCUGUAUGCAGUAUUUCCUAAAAACGUAUGUCCCUGCAGAGAAUUUAUAAACAUGUGAGUUUACUUUUAAGUGGCUAUAGUUGUGCAAGGAAGAUAUAAAUGUGUUUGUAGAAAUUAAAGGUCAAAAGGUAUCACUUGUGUAAAAUUUUUAUUCCUGUUUAACUGAUGUUGGUAUGGUAAACUAUUCGAUAUAAAUUAGUCAGCUGGUAUGUCUGAACCAUUGGUACUUCAGCUGUGAUCUGAAGCAGCUUACUUCAUUAGGCAUCAUUACUGUUAAAUAUAUAUUUAUCUGACAGUUUUCUAGCGACUCUGUAGAAGUAGAAAUGAAAUCUUAAAGUAUGUAAAAUUUUUUUUUUUUUUUUUUUUACGAUUCCAACUAAAGGAAUUAUUUACUCAUCUUGUUUGAGUAAAGCAUCUUGCGUUGCUACGCUAAUCUGUCGUAUACCAUUUCUGGGGAUUGAAGAGGACCAUGUAGUAAAUGUAAGUUUUUUUUUGUUUUUUUUUUUUUUUUUAUCAUCUGAUAGUUCAGAGCCCUUAACACAGAGUGGUAUGACAAUCAACAAUACAAAGGUUCACAAAUAUUACUACAUUCACUGUUCAAAACCCUUACUAAUAAUCUUUAUGGAAACUCUGGGGAUUUUAGAGUGUUACAUUUAAAACACACACUCCUUACCCUUUUUGAUAAGCCAUUUAAAUGUAGUUGUUUUUUUAAAUAAGACACUAUGAAACUUGCAGAAAACUAAGUGUAGCCUGAGAAGUUUCUUGCUAUAAUCUAUACAACUCUACCACCAUCUUGCAGCAUGUGUUAUGAGCAAAAUGUAUUAUUCAGUGAUUCUGAAUUCUUGUAACUAAAUGCUUAAAAGUAGUAAAGGGUUUCAGUUUAGAGCUUGGUCUUAUGCUGUCUGCAUAUUUUUAUUUUCCACUUAAUGUAUGACUAUGACCCUUUUUUUCAAAACUGUUCUAAUUCUGUCCUGCUUGGAACUUGUGAAACAUUAAAUUGUUGCAGUUUGA